CUUAACUCCCGAAGGAACACUACCUUAAGAGCACUUCAACAUGCAUUUCUCCUUCCUGACGGCGGCCCUGAUGGUGGCAGUGGUGGCGGCGGCUCCUGAGGCCCAGUAUGGUUAUCAGGCCCCUAAGUGCCAGCCUGAGACCCAGUACGUGACCCGGACGGAGACCGUGCCCGAGUACGUAACCACAACCCAGUACCAGACUCAGACAGAGUACAAGACUCAGUACCAGCCGCGCUACGUCACCCAAACGCAACAGGUGCCACAGUACGUCACCCGAACGCAGACGGUGCCCGAGUACAUCACACAGACGGUGCCACAGUACGUCACCAGGACGCAAUACCAGAAGCAGUAUGUCACCGUCACCAAGCCAUGCCAGAGCUCAGGAGGUUACGGUGGAUAUCGCGAAUCUACCUCAGAGAUAUAA